GUGCGUAUCGACUGUGCACAUAUAUAUGUCUGUGUGUAUUAGAUAAAUUAGUGUAUAUAUAAAGAUUAAUUUUACAUACAGCCUCAGAAGCAGACCGCUUUAUAAAGGAAACAGACUUAAAAAUUCCUGCUGUCCUAAGUUUGUGAGACAUUUGUAAUGGCGAUCAGAAAAGUUCAACUUUUGUCCUUAUUAUUUCUGGUGGGAUUUUCGGGCGGAUUUUUUUUUGGGAUAAGAAUCAUCUGCAUAUUUUUUCAGGCGACAUCAACAACACAGUGUGUAAGAUGUCGCUUCUUCCAGCAAGUUUUAAGUAGUUGUGUCGGAUCGCCAUCGUUACCUGUAAACAUUACCAGUACUCAAGCCAAUUGCAUCAUAAAUAAUCCGUUUUGUUUUUCUGGUGCUUUCGGAAAGCGAAAACGAAGUGUGGAACUGGAAACACAAGAAACGUACUUGCCUUACGUUACGCAACUUCAAAAUGAGAAUGUCAAAGACAGCGUUACGUCUGACGAUGAUUUCCAAAAGGGUUAUCUAGGAACCACAGUGAAUGAAAACGAGGACUAAAGAAAUGAAGAGAACAGUUAACUUUAAGUCAUGCAUACUAAAUAAAUAUAAGUUUUGCAAACUCUGUAUGCAGAAAAUACUUGCAUGUACUUAAACUUAAAUGUCUACAUAUUAUAAUCUAUAGUUUUGUAGUAAUAAAAUAAUCGAAGUUGUAAAAAA